AUGAUUCUCUACCUCUUCCCUCCAGGCGUCCCACGCAUAUUCAAGGAUAAAAAGGAUGAUUUCUUCUGGCAAGUCUUUGAAUCUGGCCAUGGUGGGCUAGCCUCCUUUGUUAUCCUACAGUACCUGCGAUCGACCGUCCAAGCUGGGGAUAUGCAAAGUAUGUGCUCCGUAGCUCGCAAGGUAUUCGAUUUCACUGGGAGGUGCAUAAAUAGUAACGUCGCUAAAAGCGGAUGGAAGAUGGAUGCUCAUAUUUGCUUCUUCCUGCUCAUCUUGCAUUAG